UGAAUAUUUCUUUUACAAGGAACCCACAAAAGAUGCGCUCGAGUUCUAUGACGUUUGGAGAAAAUUGAGUUGGUGCGCAUGCCUAAUGCUUAGGCUUAGGAAGGAAGAAGAAGAUAUAGAAGGAACGAAAGAACGAACGAAGACGACAACGUUCUGGGUUGGUGAUCGAGAGAAAUGGUGAAGGGGCUGCAACUACCAGGACAACAAAACCUGCCACCCGAUGUGACCCAUCUCAUCGAUCAGCUGGAACGCCACUGCCUGGCUCCCGAUGCUUCCCUCGUCUCCAAAUCCGCUUACUUCGACCUCCAACUUGCCAGGGAGGAAAUGUCCAACGAAAGACUGCGUUACUUGGAAGCCAUGGCAAUUUACAGUGAGGCAAUUGCAAUGGUGGAGGAGUAUGAACAAGGCUUGAGCAACUCUCCUCAGCUGUAUGAAACAUUAGAGCAUCGUAUGACUAUUGCGGAAGCAGCUCAAAGGUUGAGGCUUCCUCUUAUCUCCAAGGAUGGUGAAAUUCAUGAGGACGAAAUUGAAAAAUGCGGGAUGAUGUCACGUAGUUCCCUUGAUAGCACUUGCACCAGUUUUACAGUUAGCUCAAGUUCCAACUCGACAAAUUGUACUACUGCAAAUAGCAAUAGUGCAGCAAACAACAAUAUGUCUCUUAGUGCCGCUGAUGUUGUGGAACCUGCAAUUGGUGGUGUACCCAAUUGCUUUCUUGGGAUUACACCUGGUUAUCUAUGGCAAACACAGCUCCAGCAAACCCCCUUCUCCAUGGAUAUGACAGAAUACCAGUUGUGUCUUUCCCAUGAGAUUGAGGCUCGUUUGAAAGCUAAAUGUGAUGUGUUAGCUGAUGCCUUUGUCAUGGAUGACAUAGAUUCAUCACCCAGGCAUCAAAUUUCAAGUGCUCCGCUUCCAGAAAGGAUAAAGUUGAUAAUCGAGGAAACAGAAAGGGAGGAAGCAGCUCUUCAGGAAGAUCUAUAUUCUGCAGAUAGAAAAUUUUCUGAGUAUUAUAAUGUCUUAGAGCAGAUAGUGGGGGUUCUUAUGAAGCUGGUCAAAGAUUUGAAGUUGCAACAUCAACAUAAAUAUGAUGAACAGCAAAAGAUAUGGCUGUGCAAAAGGUGUGAGACAAUGAGUGCAAAAUUGAGGAAACUGAAAUAUUCUGUCCUCGGUCAAACUUAUACAAGGGAUUCGGUACCUGCCCUAUAUAAAAUACGGAAGUAUCUUCUUGAUGCUACAAAAGAAGCUGAUGCUACAUAUGAUAAAGCGAUUACCCGCCUUCGCGAGUACCAGGAUGUUGAUCCUCACUUUGAUAAAAUUGCAAGGCAGUACCAUGAUAUCGUAAAGGAAUUGGAAAAUAUGCAAUGGACGAUCCACCAGGUUGAAAUGGACUUGAAACACCUCCCAGAUCAACCCAAUGCCUAGAACCCUCUUGUUUUUUAGGUGUUGUUACUUGGGCUUUCUUCUCAUAAUAGCAGCUUCGGUUGCACCGUUCAGAGCUAAUUGUAAUUGUUUAUGCUGUUUUAUCAUUUUUUAUCCCUUUUUCUUUUCU